GAGUGUAUUCCCUUGGCCUUCGCGGUCGGCUCAGCGCCUGCGCAGUUCUAUGUUUCUUCGGCCGAGCUGUUGCCGCUGAGCAAUGUGGAGUCGGCGGCAAGGCCGUCUCAGUACGCUGGCGUGCGGGGUGGAGGAGCUGCGGUGCCGCCGGCGGGAGCGGGAGGCAGCCCUGCGGAAGGCGCGGAGGGAGCAGCAGUUGGUCAGCAAGAGGCUGCUAAGGGAAGAUGCUCCGGAAGAAGCCGGAGGUCAGAGUGCAGCCGUGCUCCUUGGGGAAGCCGAGGUACAGCAGUUCCUUCGGCUAGCCCAACGGGGAACAGAUGAAAAGGAGAGGGAGAAGGCUCUGGUCAGCCUUCGUCGAGGCUUGCAGCACCCUGAAACACAGCAAACCUUUAUCAGGCUGGAGGGCAGCAUGCGGACCCUUGUCGGGCUCCUGACCAGCAACCGGGCCCUGUUGCAGCUUGAGGCGGCUCGGUGCCUACAUGAGCUCUCUCAUUCUGAGCAGUCUGCAGUGGCGGAGGCCUGCCUGCCAGCCACUUCUUACCUCCUCACCUACCUCUCUGGUCACAGCUCAGAAUUCAUAGAGCUGUGUCUGUAUACACUGGGGAACCUUAUCGUGGGGGAGAGUGAGGCUGUGAGAAAGCAGCUCCUGCCACAGGGCAUUGUUCCGGCCUUGGUUGCCUGCAUCCAGUCCCCUCAUGUGGCUGUGCUGGAAGCCCUUGGAUAUGCCUUGUCCCAGCUUCUACAGUCUAAGGAAGCUCCAGAGAAGAUCAUCCCAGAGAACUUGGGGUUUGGAUACUUUCUUGCUGUGUUUGAGAGGAGCCAUUGGUAUCUCUGUGGUUCCUGCUCACAGCCUACUUCUGCUGGCAGCUCUCUUUUGGACUCCAGUCUUCUCCAGCACAUGCUACGACUGAUGCAACCAGGCCCAAAGCUGAACCUUGGGGUUGCUGUGGAGUUUGCCUGGUGCCUUCACUACAUCAUUUGCAGCCAGGUCAACAAUGCUAUGCUUCUCUCCCAUGGGGCUCUGCCUACGUUGGCAAUGCUGCUGUUGGACAUGGCUGGGGCUGCUCAGAGAAUGGAUGAUGCGGGACUAGAGCUACAGCUUGCAUGCCCUGUGUUUCGGUGCCUGAGCAACCUGUUGACUGAAGUGCCAGUGGAAGCCAUGGGAGAGCAAAUGGAGCUCAGAGACGAGCGAAUUGUGGCAGCAUUAUUUAUCCUUCUCCAGUUCUUCCUUCAGAAACAGCCCACCUUGCUGUCUGAGGGCCUGUGGCUCCUCAACAACCUCACUGCAAAUAGUCCUACUUUGUGUACCUCCUUGCUUUCUCUGGAUCUGAUCGAGCCCCUCUUGCAGCUGUUGCCACUGUCAAAUGUGAUAAGUGUGCUGGUACUUACAGUUCUGUGCAAUAUUGUAGAGAAGGGUCCAGCUUACUGCCAGCGGUUGUGGCCAGGGACCUUGCUCUCCUGCCUGCUCAAUACACUGGUUCUCUCUGACAUUGAAGUAGUAGGCCAGAGUUUGGAGCUGUUGCAGCUGCUAUUCCUGUAUCAGCCAGAGGCUGCCCAGGCCUUCCUGCAGCAAUCAGGGUUGCAGGCCCUAGAAAGGCAUCAGGAGGAAACCCAGCUUCGGGAUAGGAUACUUGCUCUCCAGCAGACAGCUAUUCAUGGAUGACCUGGUUGCCUAAUGUCAACCCUAACCCCUGUGGUCUAUUUAUCCCAGGGUAUCCAGUUUUGUUUUAGAAGCUGGUAGCUUUUUGUGUCUUGAACUUGAGAUUGUCUUGUUUUCAUCCUCUUAAGCAAGUUGGUUAAUGACAUGUGACACCACAGCUGGCAGCUGGUGGUUUGUGAUGAGAAAUAAAAUUGUAUUUUUAUGUAAAA